AUGCUAUCCAUCAACUCUCUUCUGAAUCCGCAGCCCGAAAGGCGAGCCUACACUCAGCCACCCGUGUCCAUCUCACGCGAGAAACGACAGAAGAUGGCCAAGGACGCCCCGGUAUUUCGCCCAGGUGAGACCCAGGGCAAGGUUCGCUACAGACCUCACUUGGCUCGAGACCCAGAGCUGGAAAGGCUUCAUCGCGAGUUCUCGAUACACCCCAUGGGUGCCAUUGACAAGUAUCCUCGUGAGAUCCCGUACGCAAGCGACAAGAAGACCUUUCAGGAGAAAACUGGCCGAGAGAGUUUUCAUGUCUUCCAGUACACAUUUCGAAUCCCUGGCGAGGAAAAGGAGUGGACUGUCAUGUGGGACUACAAUAUCGGCAUCGUUCGAAUCACGCACCUGUUCAAAUGCAAUGGUAACAAGCUGUCUAACUUGCUGCAGACAACUCCAGGAAAGAUGCUGAACCAGAACCCUAGCCUGCGGGAGAUAUGCCACAGCAUCACUGGCGGCGCACUUUCUGCUCAAGGAUACUGGAUGCCAUACGAGUGUGCCAAAGCCUUGGCAGCAACCUUUUGCUGGCGAAUCCGCUACGCCCUGACUCCAUUGUUCGGAAACGACUUCCCAGCCAUGUGCAUUCCCCCGACAGAUCGCAUCAAAUACAACCGCAUGGUGAUUGACAAGAACAUCAUCGCGCGCGCCACUGAGCUAGCCAAACACUACCGAUCUCUGGAGCCGAGCCAUAGCGGCCAAUUUAGCCGUCCAGCACCAAGGGUGCCUUCCUCCACAUACAGGCUAUUACAACCCAAUCGGGAGGACCCGUCGCUGAAGCUGGCUCCGUUAAAAAUUCCCCACCACCAGUAUGCUGAGAGCAGCGCCAGUGCCCGGGACUCCUCCACGGAGCCAUACUGUAUGUCACCCAAGAGCGCAUCUCCUUUCUCUGCUUUCACCCCGGUCAAUCCCUCGCGCAAGACUGUUCCGACGCCUCGUUCGCAUGUGGAGUCAUCUCAGAGCAACUUGCAUCAGAUGCCAGAGGCCAUGGGUCCAGAGGAUAUCAGCGGAGAGAGUGAUACGGACAGCAUCAGCUCGUCGAACCUGUACUCUACUCCGCACUCGACCUCCGCCGACGACCAGUUGGACGCUGAGAAAGCCACCGAGACCGACGGACCUGUCGAGCCUUCUUCGGACGAUGGCGACCUCACCGAUUCCGAUGACGACUGGCAAGUAGACGACGCCGAGGACAAGGAUUAUCGCGGGCCGCCUCUCAAGAAGCCGCUACAUGGAUCACCAAGGUUGGGAAGAUCUGCUAGCCCUCGAUCCCAGGGCAAGAAGAACCCUGAUCGGAUAUCUCGACCUGCACGGUCUCGGCCCGUCCCUCACUUUAUCCGUGAGGUGAACGCCGCGGAGGCUCUUCUCCGUCUGCACAUGGUCGAGCUGGAGGAAAUGUCGACUGAAACUGAGGUUGAGGAUGAUGGCGCCGCCACACCGCUCAGCACUCUCUCCCUGGGUGCUGCUGCACCUCGCACCCGCAAGAGACGUCGUGCUUCGCUUUGA